GGAGUCAUGGAAGCAUAAACAUUUUGCCAAAAAAGUUAAGUUAAACGUAUUUAAUAAACAUUAAAAAUAACUAUACUAUGCAAUAUUUGCAUGUAUCGCUGCUAAAACUUGCUAUAAAUUUAUAAUUUUGUAACAAAAAAGCACAGUGAAAAACUCAACAAAAUUAUGGCAUUAAAUGGAGAAAAUGAGUUAAGGUCCAGAAAGAUUGAUGAUAAUCAUCGACGACGACAUCGACAUCAUUUUCACAACGAUUGCCAUUGCAGCUGCCAUAAUCACAGUCAAAAUAAUAAUAAUAAAAAUCAUGAAGAUGAGGUAGUCUGCUGCAUUUUAAUUAAUUUAGAGUUUAGACUGAAUACAAGUUACUUAAUCUACUUAAACUAAAUUAGUGUCGAAAACAAAUGUAUAAAAAUAUUUCUCAAUGAUUAAUAAUAGUAAUAGUUUUGUCUUGUAGAUGAUAAAUUAUAAUCAUUCAAAUCUGAUCAAUGAUGAUGAAUUUUACAAUUAGUGGUUUAUCUAGAUGAAACUUGGGUAAAUUUGGAGAAAUAGCACCGUGGCCUCCAUCUUGGUUGCAUUGACCCACGAAUUUAUGUCCUAAAUGUAUCCCUAAAACUAUCCUGAACCUUAAAACUAAAUCUAAACCUAACCUGAACCUGACGCCUGACUUAUCCCUAACCAGUAUUUUGACAAUAUCAGAACCAGGGUUUUGAUCCUAUCGGAGCCAGGGACAAAGCAUGCAAAUGACGUCAGGGUGCUAUCUCUCCAAAUUAGCCCAAACUCAAACCUGGAUAGACCAAGGUCAGGAUUUUUCACUAUUUAAUAAGGCUUAUAUAAUUCUAUUUUAUAACCUUAUUUCAGAAGCAGAUAAUCUGUGUCUGUGGCCAUUGCAAAUCUUUGAAAAACCACCAAACCUAUCAUGAUGGAAAAUCUAAAAAUUCCAACCUUUCUUCUGAUAAUGAGAGUAGUACAUCUUCAACAUCUAAUGCCAGACAAGUUAUAAAAUACAAAAAAGGAGUCAGGGUUCUUGUAAAUGUAAAUGGAUCAGUUUAUCAUUCGAAGCAAGCUAAGCAAUUUCCUGGUGCGUAUAAUGGAGUAUAGUAUUCUAAAAACUGUUUCAGUACUAAUUUAUCUCCUGUCUGUAAACUUGUAUGGCUAACUCGUAACAUAUUGUGGGGGUACAAGAGGGAUGGUUGCCCAAGGCCAAGGCACACAGUUUUCAGGGGCAAAAAUAAAAUUCAAUAGAAAAAAAGAAGGAAGUAAAAAGAUUUUUUAUUAAUAAUUUAUAAUUAAUUAAAUGGUAAGGUUUCAAUGCUGGCUUGGUGAAAGAGACCUCAGUGAGUGUGUAUUUAUCAUUUUAAUGUUUGUAGGCAAUUUUUUGUAAAUUUCUUCAUUAAAUUGUACUUGGUGUAAUAAGUCACAAUUUUAUUUUCUAAAUUCUACUGAUCUCUGUAAGUCAAUUUAAAAAAAGUUAGAUGUACAUUUCUUUUCCAAAUUUAAACAUUCAUAUUUAAUUUUUAUGGGGCUCAAGACUUCAUCAAACCAUUCAUAAGUGAUGCAGAAUAUAGAAAACUUUGGGAAAUGUGAUACAUAUCUUUUGCACAAUUUUCAAUUAAGGCAAAAACCAAUAAAUAUUUUGCAAGGAUCAAAUCUCCAUAGGCUAAUUUUUAUCUCAGAUUAUUAAUUUGAUUGUGUUGAACUUAUUCUGGCAUUUCGUUUCCUUAGAGACAUAAAAUAUUCUAUACUUAUAGCCUUACUUAUCUGCAUAUGGUUAGCCUAAAAACGCUAUUCCCAUGUGUACCCCUUGUGCAUCAUCUAUUAUAUCUAAGGUUGCACAGUUAAGUUUAAAAAUGUCUUGAUAGCAAAGUAAAACUUGUGUAGACAAAUUGUAAUGCACCUUUGAACGGAACCAUUGACUCUGAUUGCUUGCUUUGAGCUAUUUAUCCCAUCUUAUUUGUGAUACACACACAGUACUUAAAAUGCAAAAUUUUGUUUUAUUUAUUUUACAUGACAUAAAUUUUCCUAAAAUCACCCCCUCUGGUAUCUCAAAUGAUCCCUGCCACUGUUCCUGCAUGGAACCCGCACCCCUUCAACCCAUACAACUUCCAAGAAACUUGACAACCACUUUUGGGAAAUACUUAUUGAUAUUGACAUCACUCUUUUUUAUUCUACCUUGUAUAUCUUUUGCUAUCUAAAAUUACUUUUGCAUUUAGGCUUUCAUUGUUACAGUAACAGUUACAGUUAUUAUAUCCAAGUGGAUGAUCUUAAAAUAUGUAUAUGGUUUCCUCAGGUGUUGUUCAGUAUGUUGGCUUGUCAGAUGAAUUGUUAAAGGCACCUAGGUCAAAGGUUGGGAUUAGUCUCUAUGACAAUGGUAUGUAUAAGAAAUUUCUUUUUUUUAAAAAAUACUUCUUUUCACAUCUCUGUAAAGAGUAAUUAGUCAAUAGGUAGAGUAUUGUUCCAUUCAUUGCUAAAUCAAAACAUUCUUGGUCACAUAUGGACCUAAAACAAUGUGACUGACUUUCAAAGCUUACUUUCCUACACACCUAACUUUUUCUAAUUAUACAUUUUUUUCCAACACAAAUAGUGUUCAUGAAUACUGUUAUUCUUAUUGAUUGCCAUUAUUUUGUCAUUUUAUGUUUUUGAUACAAGUCUACUCCACUCAUAAUGGAGUCUACAAAGGAAAAAGAUAUUUUUUCUGCCCUAGAGGCCAUGGAGCAAUGGUCAAUCUUACAGAUAUAAAACUUAUGCAGCCGAUAGCACCAACUCAACCACUCACUGGCAAUCCAAUGUUUCCAAGCUAUAAGGAGGUGAAAAAAAUUAGGAAAUUGCGUCAGCAAAAGUAAGUUUUUAUGUAAAAUGCAGCUUAUGUGAUUUGAGAUUUUGAAAGUAUUGCAAUAAAAUUCUCCUUCUCUCUGGUUAUUCUGUUCACCUCAACUUAUGUUCAAGAAGAUGUGGUUUAUCUUGAAAAGCAAUCAAAAUAAUCACUAGUAAAAAUAACAAUGCCAUUUGGGAACUUUAUUUUCUUUAUUUAGUUUCUGGAAAAAGUAAAAUUUAGUAAAACUACCAUCUUUAGUGUCUGCAUCAAAGUCUAUAGCAGAGGUCAGCAAGCUCUGGCCUUUAGGCCAGAUACAGCAUACCUUGUAUUCCAGUCUCGCCUAAUGCCCACCUGUUCUUUUUUUUUUUUUUUGUUGCUUUCAGCCUAAAUGAAUUGUUGCCAUUUUAUCCCCUUCAUUACUGCUGCUUGCAACCUAAGAAAGCAAGCUCUGGCCUUUAGGCCAGAUACAGCAUACCUUGUAUUCCAGUCUCGCCUAAUGCCCACCUGUUCUUUUUUUUUUUUUUGUUGCUUUCAGCCUAAAUGAAUUGUUGCCAUUUUAUCCCCUUCAUUACUGCUGCUUGCAACCUAAGAUGUGUCCCUUGUUUAUUUUAGAACUGAUGUCAGGCACUUGUAUGAAACAGACGCACCUAACCUGUUGUGUUGCAAACAAGUUCACUCUCUGGUCUCAUUUUCAUUCGCCUCUCACCAGGGUCAAGGCAGGUGUUGUUCACAGGUGUGUGCACUUUGGCAUGCAAAGCAAUUCCAAGAAUGAAGAAUGGGAGCAUGACAAUCAUCCAAAUAGAAAACUCAGCAAUUUUAUUUCCCUCACCUCACAAAAUUAUUUUUUACAGUGGGAUGCAACCCUCAUUGAAGUCAGUGUGCUGUUAACCCUGCGGAAUGAAUCCUCUUUGUGCUUCAGUGAUAUGCAUUCUCAUCAGCAAGAGUUCAAGAUUGUCAGCACUCCUUUUGACUUUCCCUAUGAUGGCGCCUCAUCUGAUGUGCAAUAAUUGGAAUUGAUUGAUCUGUACUCUUCAGAUGUUCUCUUGUCCAAAUUUACUACUUGCAUCACUUUCAGUGCUCAGUUUCCAAUGUUGUUAGAACAUGCCAGUCAUGUGAUCACAAUGCUUGGCAGCACUUAUUCUGUUGCUGAACUCCUCAUCAUUAGAACCUGAUAUUAAAUCUGUCUCUAAGAACAUGUAACGUCAUGUUUCCCAUUAAUAGUACCUUAUUUUUUUAUAUUUUUUUUUAUUUUCCUUGGGCACCUUAUUUCUUCUUGCCUAGUGUGCCUCCUUGACCCCCUGAAAUGUCCUAAUGGUUUGAAAAGUUGCCGACCUCUGGUCUAUGGCAACACCACAAAAUGAUGUGUUCAUAAAUAAAUAAAGUUUGUCUAAUUACAUUUUAAAAAGUCAUAGUUUUGCAUUAACAUUUCUAGGUUUACAAAAAAAUUACACACAUUAGUGAUUACAGACAUUUUAAAAAAAUUUGUAAUAAUGAAUUUAUUAUGGUGUGAUAAACCUGAAAUAAUAAUUUAAAAACUCGAGAUUUCUAAGCAAAGUUAAUAAUUACAUAUUUAUGAAUAUUUAGAAUUGAGGAAGCUGAAGAAAAACUUCGAAUAGAGCAUCAAAUGAAGAGAAGAGAACAAAUGGAGAGAUUCUCAAAAUCUGCCCCACAGCCUAAGAUUUCAAUUCACUCAAACAAGGCCAGUAAAUUGAGAACAGAAAAGCCUGGACAAAGUGAAGAUGAUAUUGAACUACAGGUCAGUAAAGUCUGCAGAGUUCUUGCGUGGGAGCAAUACUUUUUAAAUAAUUUCAUUUCAAAACAAUCAUAAACUUCCUUUGAACUCUAAUUUUUUUAUCUAUUUAACUCAUCUCAAAGAUCUUUUUGUUUAUAUGUUGAAAUUAAACGUAUCACUAUAUUAUUUAAUUCUAUAAAUUGACUUUUAAAAUAAAUUAACAGUAUUAUCAAGAUGUUGAAAGACUUAAUCACAUGAAGUUGGUGGAACAAGAAACAUCGGAAAGACAAUUACUGAGGAAAAUGAAGAAAGUAUUUGGAGGGGAUGAUAAGGCUGAGAGAAUGGCUCAGACUUUACUUAAACUUCAUCACGCAUUUGAAGAGGGAAGAAGUUUAGAUAAAACAGAUUAAUUCUUUAAAAUAUUUCAGACCUUAGAAUAGAAAAAUAAGGAGUUAGGUAGAAAUAUGUAAUCCACCAUGAAUUAGCCUACUUUUUAUUAAAAUGAAAUAUAUUUUGGGUCAAUGUAACUUAAACAUUUUUUUUUUCAAUAAUAUGAGUAUAGAAUGAAAAUUAUUUGAUGAUUUCCAGGAUUUUUUAUUUUAUAUAUUUAUAUAUGAAACAGCAAUUAGAAUUUAAGAAGUUUAAUGCUUGUCAUACUUUUUAUUUUUGUGAUUUGCAAAAUAAUCUGUCUCAUUAAAUUAUUAAUAAAGUGAAUGUAGUUAUGAUGAUUUUUUGUACCUAAGAUUCCUUUCUGAGCAAUGUUUCUGCAUUGAAGUGUAAAUCUGAUAAUUAUUAUUAUUUUAUAAGUGGUGGUUUUAUAUAGCGUGGUGCCCCAGCCUAGGGCAGAGCUUACCAAGCUGUACAUACAUUUUAACAAACAUAAUCAUGAACUUAAAAAUUAACAUACAUUAAUUAAAUGAAACAAAACAAAUGUAUAUUCAAGUCCUUUUGUAGACAGUUCUGACCCUGUACAGUUAAAAUAUUUUUCAUGCUGCUUAUGGGGCCCACCAAGUAAAUUUUGUGUAGCAUACUGGAUGUAUCAUAAAUGAAAUUCUGUUACCUUCAUAAAAUUUUUGUAGAAAUAUAUUUUUUUAAGUUAAGUUUGAGAAAUAUAAAACAUCUCACGUAAAUUUAGUUUUUUUUUUAAUAGUGUUGUUAUUUUUGCAUUUCAUUAUGUGUAUUAGUAUUAAGAAUAAUUAGCAGAAUUUAUUCAGUGUAUGUUUUGUUUGUGAGGUUUAAUCAAAUGCAGCCCCAAAAGUUAACAGGGUAUCAAUAUUGUAAAUGAAGCUAUUUGGGUUGGCCACCCCUGGUUAUAUAAGAACUACCAUAAUGUUUAAGGCACAGGCUAGGAACCAUGAUCACAGCUAUAACUAACAGAUUGUUAGUGGGGUGCACUCCUAAAUGAUAGGAACAACACAAACUAUCAAAGGAACUGUUCCAAGACAACUUUUUUUUUAUCUCAGCUCUCAUGCAUUAGUAUAAUCCUUCCUGUAGGACAAGCAUCUAUGCCCCAGGGUAAGAAGGGGUUUAGCCUAGGUUUUGAUAAAGUUUCUACUCCAAUCCUCAAAGAAGUUCAGACAACAUAGGAGUUAGGCUUAAGAGUGCAUCCAAGAGGUGAGGGGGUACACAUUUGUUAUGCAUAUGGGCAAAAGCCUUUAGCUUCUGUGCCAACUGAUCCUUUCCUGACCAGGGAUUUGGUAAAGUGUGGUGUCAACUGGUGUGUAUUGUGGUCAAUGAUAAGUUUUGUGCCUCUGUAAGAUAUACUAUUUGAAUUGCAAAGAUCAUUAAAAAUAUCCAGCUUUAAAAUUUUAUGUCGCGUUAUGUCUGAAUCCAAUGAGCCAGACGAAAAAUUUCUUAUUAUGGUUUUUGGCAGAUUAUGUUUUUAUUUUUUUAAUUUACUUUCCUCAUAUUUAUAAUUGAACUUAUGUAGGUUUUAUUUUUUUUUCUCUCUUUCUUGACAUGUUUAACAUUUAAGUUUAAUUGUUAUUUUUUCACAAUGUUCCUCAUAAUGCCAAAAUUAUUGAACAAGCUAUUGAAUUGAUGAAUUUUAAUUUGUAAUGAAAGCUCAUUUUAUCUGAGCAUCUUCAACAUUUUGAUAUUGUUUCUAAACAAAAAAAAGAACAGCAUUAUUCAAAUAAUAGUGAGACAAGAGAAUGAAUCUAGUAAGUUGUGUAAAAUAAAUGUGUUGUUAAUUUUGCAAAAAACAGUUUUUUUUUAUUUAUUGUAAAGAAAUAUUAAAUGUGUUAAAGUAUUUAUUUCAAUUGUUACUUCUUCAUGUUUUUUCCUGUCAUUGAAAUCAAAACUCUUGCAUUCUCUGUUGAGGGGCUGAGCUCAGUCGAUAUUUAUUUUUAUACAUGGGCCUUUGCAUCAGCCAGUAUCACAUCUGCUGGCCAGUGCCAUACAAAAUUAAUUUAACCGAGGAUUCCACAGAUCACUCAUGAUUAAAAAUGGUUGAGUUUUUCUGUGCCACCAAGUUAGGUCAAUUUUGAGGUCUAGUCCAGGGGUUCCCAAAAACAAAAGAUUUUGGCUUGGUGCCAUUUGGCUUUUAGGAUUUCCAAAGACAUCCAGAACAUUCUGCACACUUGCAUGGCAUUGGUGUGAUUAGAUUAAUUAAGUGGUUGUUUUUAAACUCAUGAAGUAUGUAUUUCAGAUUAACAC